UUAAUUAUAGGCGAAGAGAAAAAUAUAGAUUUGUAAAAUGCGAGGUAGGGAUGUGAAUUUUGAAAUUAAUUAAUACACUGAGCUAUUUUUCCAGCAAUUGUUUUUCUUUGUUUUGAUCUCCUCGGUGAAAUACGACAUGCCAUCUGUUUUUCCAAAUGUCGAAGUUAACCGAUUUCACUUGAAAUCUCCAAGACACGUGUAUUUUUAGACUCGUGUUGUUCGCCUGAGAUAUUGUUGUAGGAAUUUGAUCAAAAUUUCCACCUACUGGGCUAAGUUCUUUACCGAGACAAUAACGAUGUUAUUAACGUGGGUCUUGCAAUUGCUUGAGACAAAUUGGCUGGCUGUCGGAAUACAACCUAAUUUAAUAUGCUAAUCGAAACUUAUUUGGCUUUUUCCUCUUUUCUUUCUAAUGUUUCCUGUUUUCUGUAUUAUAUAAAUAUGACAGUUCAAAAUGACUAAAAUGAAACACGCAUGAUUCCCUGUUAUUACUCUGAGUUUCGUGCUUACGCACUCGAUCGUCAGACCCGUACGGCAUGAAACUCGGCCGACUUACAGGGAAUCAUGCGUGUUUCAUUUUUAACUGUAUUUCGCUCUACACUCAUGUGUAUUGAACACUUUCCAACCGCAUUUGCUACAAUUUCCCACAAUUAUAUAAAUAUUAUAUAUUUCUAUAUUACCAUUGGAAUUAGGUGAAAAUGUACAUCAAAUUAAGACUGAAAAACAACCUUAGAAUGAAAGAAAUUUGUUUGAACCUCUCACGAACUAAGCUUGAGGGUCUAUAAUGAAAGAUGAUGGUCCGAGGCCGAGGUCUCAUCAAUCCUUUGGCCAAUAUUUCGCAGCACUCGGUCAGCAAGAAAUUUAUUUUCACCCGCUGUUUAAUAAAUUCCCUGAUAGAAUGUCUAAGUUUAUUUGUAUCCACUCUAAGGAUUUGACAACAACUUUUUUUCAUUGGAAACCGAAAAAGCUGGCGAAACAUUUGAAAUGAAAAAUUUACUAGCAUGUUCCUCUGGCUAUUUACAUUAGUAUUCAUGGUUGGGUCUUACAAUUAUUAAGGAGAUUUUUCUGAACACAGUUUAAGUGACUUUGUGUUGAAACAUUGGCGGUAAAAUUUUUUUGUCACCUAAGGCGACAUUGUUUUCUUUUUCUGCUCUCUUAUUCUCUUCGCAAUUCAGAUCAGCACCGUCCCAUCAAAUAGAAAACAAUUCAGAUUAUUAUAAUUUGACUAAAACCGCAAGCAGAACGUUAAUUUACGUCAAAACGUCGAGUCACCUCAAAAAUAUUUCUAAACUGAUUCUUAUGCCAGUGUUAAUAUUUUGUAAAAAAAAUAAACAGUGUGAAGUGAAGAAAUAAGAUUUAAAAACUGUUUCGGCAAUGAUAAUGGAAAAUCUUCCAGAACAAAACUUGUCGUCAGUUGCACAAACCCAAAAUUAAAGAGGGACUUAUGAGUAGGUGUGACAUAAGCUAAAAUUGAAUUUUCAUUUCAGCUGAUAUAAUAACCAUCGCACCUGUUUUUUCCAUAUUACAUAAGACUUAAUUCUGUGGAAAGCUUUGUACUUUUCCAGCGUACCGCUUCAAUAAGUCAAAGGUAAUGCUGCUUUAUUUCAAAUGGGAGUAACACGCGAUCUUUGUGAGGAAGUCUUGAUUAAGUUUUACGCCAAAGCUGAGUACGUUGACUCGGUUUACAUCACCAUGAAUGUUAUCAACGGUUUACUCACUUUCAGUGCAAUCUUUGGAAAUGCGGCCAUAAUUUUCGCCCUGCAAAAAGCUUCAUCAAUUCCGACUACAACAAAAAUUCUUAUGCAAAGCUUGGCUGUAACUGAUGUUUGCAGUGGCUUCUUCAGUCAUCCAUUGUACAUCGCAGUUGUCACACGCAUUCGACAAAGUCAUGAGUGCAAACAUAUUCAAGGAGUUCUGAUGGCGUUUUUCGUUAUUUCCGCUGUUCAAGUCUCUGUAUCCCUCCAAGUAGUAACUGUAAUCGGAAUUGAUCGCUUUCUAUCAAUAACUUUGCAUCUGCGAUAUAAUGAGCUUGUAACACCAAACCGAGUACUUGCAGUUGUCGCUAGUGUAUGGGUAUUAUCGCUAUCAAUUGUGUUCGUCGGAGUCUCCAACGAAUUUCUGGUUGGAGAGACAGUUAUUCUUGUGUUUGGUUAUGUUGGUAUGCUUUUACUCUGUAUCGUUUAUUCCAAAGUUUAUUUCGUGGCUCGCCGACAUCAAGUAAAUAUCCAAAGCCAAGCGCAUGUGACGGCUCAUCAUUUGUCGAACACCACAAACCCGGUACGAAACGUAACUUUGGCUGUCAAAGUAUUGUAUGUGUUUGUCGUGUUUGUAUUUUGUACCUUGCCAUACCUCAUUACUUUGACUGUGCUCCUUAUUUCUGACCCAAAUGUGGUACUUCAAGGAACCAUUCAAAUGUCCGCCGUUUUAGUGAUGCUUAACUCAUCGUUAAACCCCAUUGUGUUUGGUUUGAAAAUGAAAGAAAUUCGUCAGAUCAUGAAAAGUGAAUUCAGGAAGCUUUUCCGCUGUACAUAAUGUUUAAUCUCUUAGAGACAGUGAAGCAGAAAAACUUUCAACUGUGACUGCCAUUUAGCUCAUGCGAGUAAAUGUAAACAGAAAGUCAAAGGGUAUUCGCAGUUUAAUCUGAGCUGAGGUGCGACACUCUCUUCUUCAUCAUUUAUCCUUACAUGUGAAGUUGAUAGCUAUAAUAAAUUCAGCGCCACAAUUUCUAUUCUGAAUCGUAUUGUGUGAAUCAGUCGAGUUUCGUUCACAUAAGGCUUUUCAUUUUCUUUGUAUUCAUAUUGCUUGUAUAAUUAUGUUCAUAUUACUUGUUUUUGUAGUUUUUCGGAUGGAAAUAGGUGUUAAGUAGGAAUAUUUAAGUCUAAAGUAUUGAUUACUUACACCUGUAGGCUGUUCAAUAAGAUACCUUCCUUUCAAAACUGACAGUUAAAUGUCAGCAGUGUGUUUUCAGUAAUUAAUGAAUGGCAUUACAUAUUUAAUCGCGCUGCAUUCGAACUCAGUGGACUGACCAAUCAGUUGAAACGAGCAGACUGACAACACUCGAAUGAUAAAAGGGACUUUAAGCAAACCACGACGGCUACG